UUGGCUGAUUUGUCACGGUCAGGCUCAAGGUUCCCUGGAGACUCUGAAGCUUUGUCAGAGCGUUAUCAUUCGACCUGGACUCGGACAAUUGCAUGAAUAGAAGAAGCUCGUGGUCUCACAACUUUUAAGCGGGGCGAUAAAUGGGCGUAAGAUGAGUCAUGUCCCGGUUCACUUGCUUCUUGUUGAACGGACAUACCAGUAGAACCAUCGAAAGGUUCAAGAAUAAGCCUCUACCUGAGGUUUGGAAUGACGUCGACUUCACUCAAGCAUAUGCCGUCAGCCUCGAUAAUGUGCCCUCAUCGGCGGCGUAAACCCACCACCCUCCCUCUCUUAGUACAUUAUCAUGGCUGGCCGAAGAAAGAUGCUGUUAUUUUUCUACAUUGUUGUCUCAAAUAUGUCGAGGAGUCUUCCGACUGCGGUUCGCUAGAUCUUACUAUUGAGGUGCGUCUAAAAGCGCGCCGCAAGGCUUGCUACCUGAAUUCUUAUCAAGGGUCGCACGUUGCAACGUACUAUCUCUGGGACCUCUUAGGCAAACAGUUCAAUAGUGGUGAUGGCGACCGGAAUGAGGCUGCUCUCUUCCAUUCAUUCGUCACGCUAGUGAAGACGGCAUGCGCUCUUUUUUGUUCAGGGUCGCUGUGUGUGGCGACCAAGAACUGCAGGCGACAAAAAAAGAACCAAAGUGGGGAAUAUGCAUGAACAAAGAUGGGCAUCGAAAGACGCGUUGACUCGACGGGCCUGACCUGUAAUCUCACAUUAGUAGGGCGGCCGUUGCGAUCGACCUUGACAUUUUUCUCUUCUUUAUAUUCGGUGACCAUU